GCGCAUGCGCGGCCGCCUCCCCGCCCCUCCCUCUCCCCGGAGGAGGGCGCUCCGCUACUGAGGCGAAUGGGGCGGCUUCUUCGGUGGGGGGUGGCCGUCCCGGGGCAUUCCCGGAGAGCAGUCGGAGGAAGGCAGGGGAUCCCGGGCUCCCGCUCGCCGUCUUCCCCGGAGAAGGAGGGGGUGGUGCCCUGAGGAGGCCCGGAGAGGGGCGGCGGCGGGAGGACAAACGCAACCCCCCCGCUGAGGACCCCCCGAGCCGCCAUGGGUAACACCACGAGCGAUCGGGUGCCCGGGGAGCGCCACGGCUCCAAGUCCCACCGCGGCGAUGGCGCCGGCGGGCAGGCGCACGGCAAAGAGCACCCUCACAAGAUCAUGGUGGGCAGCACGGACGACCCGAGCGUCUUCAGCGUGCCCGAUUCCAAGUUCCCUGGGGACAAAGAGUUUGUGUCCUGGCAGCAAGAUUUGGAGGACUCUGUCAAACCCAUGCAGCAGGCCCGUCCCACAGUCAUCCGAUGGUCUGAGGGAGGCAAGGAAGUCUUCAUCUCUGGAUCCUUCAACAACUGGAGUGCCAAAAUCCCACUCAUUAAGAGCCACAAUGAUUUUGUUGCCAUUUUGGACCUCCCCGAGGGUGAGCACCAGUACAAGUUUUUCGUGGAUGGCCAGUGGGUCCAUGAUCCAUCAGAGCCUGUUGUUACCAGCCAGCUUGGUACUAUUAACAACCUGAUACAUGUCAAAAAGUCUGAUUUUGAGGUGUUUGAUGCUCUGAAGUUAGAUUCCAUGGAGAGUUCAGAGACUUCAUGUCGAGACCUAUCCAGUUCUCCACCAGGGCUUUAUGGUCAGGAAAUGUAUGUCUUUCGAUCUGAGGAGCGCUUCAAAUCCCCACCCAUCCUUCCUCCUCACCUUCUCCAGGUUAUUCUUAACAAGGACACUAAUAUUUCUUGUGACCCAGCACUUCUUCCUGAACCAAACCAUGUCAUGCUCAACCACCUGUAUGCAUUGUCCAUUAAGGACAGUGUGAUGGUUCUCAGUGCCACUCAUCGCUACAAAAAGAAGUACGUCACCACUCUGCUGUACAAGCCCAUCUGAAUGGGGCCCUAUUCGCUACCCUGGAUGUGGAAGAAAUGUCCUCUUUGUAUUUCUGUGCUGAAUCCCAGGCUUAGCUUAGAACUGAGAACUGACAACUGACAAACUUUGAGGCCAGUUUAUGUGCUUCUGAGCCUCCUCUGAAUGGGUUGUUCUGCUCCUCCAUUGGACUGCAGGAGCAUGUGUGUGUGUGUUUGUGUGUGUGUGUGUACGUGUACGUGCACUCCCUCGCGAGCACAUGUAGUUUGUUGUUUUUGUUUUUUUAAGAGAAAAGGGUGGGCUCAUGCAUAUGUGUGUGUGUGUGUGUGUGUGUGUGUGUGUGUAUAUAUAUAUAUAUAUAUAUAUAUAUAUAUAUAUAUCAUACAUACAGUAUCUUAAUGUUCUUGGAAACCUCGCCGCUAUCAAAUCUCUUUCCGUAGGAUGCCUAUUGAGUGCUUUCCAGAGGCUUAGGGGAAUAGAAGUGAGAACACUACUUAAAGCUGCAUGGAAUAAUAAAUGUGAAGGAACCUUGUCCGGCAUAGAACCUGGUGAUAAAAGUGGGUCACACUGCUGGCCAGGCACUCCCAUAGGAGAUCUUGCAUCUCUCUGUGGAAAGCUAUCCUCAAUUAAGUGGAAGACUUAUCUUUUUUUCAAGUUCCCCAAAGCUGUGAUUUUUUCCCUGCAUACAACGCUUCAUUCUUCCUGAUCCCUUCACCAGCUCCUAUUCCUCACUCUUUUCCCUUCAGGACAAAAUUUAGGGUCACAGGUGAGGGUCCCUGUGAAGGGUAGUGGGGUAGAGACCUCAUUUCCUGCCUUAGGGGUAGGAUUGUCCAGAGACACCCUUUCUCUUUAAGCCAUAUGCUGGCUUGCUUUAGUUCCUAGUGAAGAAACACAUUUAGAAGGUCCUGAAAAUGUCAGGGUUCAUAAGGCAUGUCAUGCCUCAUGUAGGCUUGCUCUCAGCUCCCUCCGGCAGAUAAGAGAAAGGUCUCAAAAGAUCUUGUUCUUGAGCCUAGCUUCCUGAAUAUUUACAUUUGGACAGCCUUCCCUGGGCCUACCAUUAUAAUGUAAUGCCAUUGUGUGUGUGUGUGUCUUGUAUGUGUAUGUAGUACAUGUAAUGUCAUUAUAUAAUAACUGACAUUUCUAUAGUGCUUUAAAGUUUACAGAGCAUUUUGUAUACCUAAUCUCAUUUGACUCUAAUAACCCAAUGAAGUAUAUAUUACAUAUAUUAUUUUCCUCAUUUUACAGGUGAGGAAAACUGAGUCUGAGAGUAAGUUAAGUGACCUACCCAUGGUUACAAAGCUAGUAAGUGUCAAAGAUGGGCAUUGAACCCAGCUCUUCCUAACCCUUAAGUCCAGUCCUCUGACCACUCUGUCAUGCUGCUCUAGAUGUAAGUUCACUCUAGCUUCCUUGGGUAGAGAAGGGAAUUCCUUCAUCCCCAAGUCUCUUACCCUCAAGCUGAGACACAAGAUGGUACCCUUUAGAAUAGUGCAUUAAACUCUUUAUAAGAUUUUUUUUUUUUGCUCCUCAUUUUAAAAGUAACUUGACUUUGGCUUAGCAGAAAUUGUGCAGUCAAAUUCACUGUUAUAUUGUUGAGGCUUGAAAUUUUUCCAAGUGUCUGUGGUCCUUCCCUUUUUACAGAGGAAUGCAGGUCAUCUGUCCACACUCAAGGAGGCUAAAGCUGUUGCUGGCUGAGGGUCUCCCACACUGCCUAGGAUGGACCCUGCCACAAUAACAGGGCACCAGCAGGUCACUUUGGCUACCUCCUGCCUAUCCUGAGCUGAGCUUGGAAAAGACUUCUCGUCUUGGGAGUGUAGCCUUAUGGGUUCUCAGCAUCUUGGCCAGUCUCAGUCUUAGGGUGGUGGGGAGAGCAGGGAUGCCCUAGUAAUGGGGGAGUGAAUGAAACUGGCUUGGCUAAUUAUUGAGCUUAAUUUAUGCUGCCUUGGACACUUGAGAACUUUUCCACCUUUGCACCAAAAAUCUUGUAUGGACACCCUACUUUGGGCCCAGAUGCCCUUUUCCUGGAGUAGUGUUGUGGUUGUUUUUGUUAAAUCAUAUGACACUUUGAAAUUGUUUGAUGAAAUAUGACAUAAAUUUGAGUGUUUCACAGGUCAGAAAAACAAAACUCAGAUUUUUUUUUCCUGUGAUGUCUUUUGCCAGGUUAUCUGUUGUGACGGGAUUGAACAAAGUUGUAGUUGUCAUAUCUAAUGACCUCUGUAUUCACGUAUUAAAUUUUUCAUUCCACACAGGUCUAUGUAGUGCUGGAGUGAGACGGGAAAGGGGACACUGAAGUUCUCUCUUGGGCCCAAGACCUGUGGCUCAGUAGCAGUGGGUUGUGGCCCUGGUGUCCUCCAUUCAGACUUCUGUGUCCUGAAUGAUGUGUGGGGUGCCACUUUGCCAAGCUUUGGGGAAAUAAAUCUACCCUAAGCCACAAGUAAGAUGGAAGCCAGCCAGUUAGUUAGAAGGGAAUUGUUAGGAAGGGGCAUGGUAAUUACUCCCUUCUCCACAUGAGUAGAGCACUCUACCAGAAUCCAGCAAGUCUCCACAAAAAGUUGUUGUGGCCGCCUGGGAGGAAGUGGUCCGGAGCAUGACCUGCUCUGGUUUUGAAAAGCUUUUACAGGUGUUUGUUUAAAUGAUGCCUUUAUCUUCCACCUUAGACAUUCUGAUAAAGGUCUGGAAAUGAGGGGCAAAGGUAGCGAAACCUACUUUUAAGCUUUUUGUCGGUCAUUUCCACAGAAUAUCUGAGGGCAAACUGGCACAUUAACAGAAUGGGUUAUCCUUCAAGGAGGAAGGACUGUGAAAGAACCAAAACAUGGUAUAGGAACAGUAGGGGAAAGGGAGAGCAGAGAAUUUGGGGCUUCUCUGAUGGACAGCCUAUGGGCACAAUAGAGGCCCGAGGGCAAGUAGAACUUAGGCCAGUCUUAGAAACCUGGCCUUAGCCCUGGGUUUGCCAAACCAAGCCCAGGAUCUUAGGGAUGCCCAGGAGGAGGCAUUCUCUUCCAUUGUGUGCACAUUGACCUCCCUAUAAAUAUUUUGAGUUCCCUAUAAAUAUUCAUUUCCUAAGGACAUGGUCUCUCAAUUCAGAUGUCACUUAAAACAGACUUUUCACUUUAAGUCAUAAUGGAAGCAAUAAAAACAAUUAGAUGAAUCCUCAGAGUUUGGUGAAAUGUUACGUGGCCUAUAUGGCCAUGGCUAGCCAGGGCCACAAGAGGCACCACAGGCCUUGCCUUCAUUAACCCAGAGCUAGCCAGGAAUUAGCUCUCCAUCCCCACUGCAAGUAAUUUAGACAUUUCCAGAUGGAAAUUUAGGAAGGAGGCUUGUUUCUUAGGGAGUUCUGUAGUCUAUUCCCUACUCUCAUCAUUCCCAGAUUUCUCCCGCCUUGGCAGACUCUUAAGUUAUAAUCUCUUUUCCAUGAAGUGGUGAGAUUGAUAUUUAGAAAGAGUCAGAUUGGGGAAAUGAAAUGAAUGCAUUGGUUUAGGAAGCCUCUCUCAGGAAGGAGCUGGCCACAGGUAUUUAUGAAGUAUUCAGUAUUCUAGUGCAUUCUCCAAGUCCCAUCCUCAGAGGGCUGGCUGGCACAGACCAACAACGGUAUGAGUCUGUGUAGGUUGUUGGCCCUUCGUUUAUCUUAUGUCUUGAGAGCCAAAUGCCUGCCCUUGUUUAUUCACUGCUGCUAACUAGUUUAUUCACAGUAUCAAAAUAGUAUGUGAUGGGUCAGAGCAUUUGCUUCAAAGCAGACAGUUACACAAUUUAAGGUAGCAAGGUACAGCUCCUCUGUAAGAGAAAAGGCUUUUUGGAGCACAGGGGCCUAAGUUAGCAUUGAAAGAGACCUUCUGGGACUUUGAUUUGGGCCUUUUGGUCCUGAGAAGGCCCUUAUAAAUCCUUCAUAAAUUGGAUUGAGUUAGUUGAGUCGCUGUCCUAGUGUGCCACCUAAGGGGGAGGAGGUGUUAUUUUCUGACAAGGUUCUGUUUCACUUAGAGAAGAACUUUUCCUUAGUCUGAAGGCUGAGUACAAGUUCCAUUUUAAUUUCUCUGACAUAAGGUGCUAUUGGUAUCACUGUGCCCAAAAGAACCCUGACUAACAUAAAAGUAUUCCUAGAAGUGAAAUUUGAGACAAGUGCUGAAUCCAGUCAAUUUUAUCUCAAAAAGAUUAACUAAUGGAGGUACCUACAUUAAGUAUUUUUAAGUCCUGGUGAUCUCUCUUCCUUUCUGCAAACACUUCCCCUGACCAGGAUGGUGUUUCAGGGCACCCAAAGCAGGAAUGUCUAUUUGUUCAAUGGUCUUAAAUCUUUGCAUGGGCCCUUGAAAAAGGCUGAUCAAAUUUUCAGAGAACAGGAGGACACCUCCCCAUCCUUGUACCUCCAUAUAUUGGAAGCUCUUUGUUUUCCUACUGAUGACCUGUGACUUACCCCUGGAUGAGGUGUGUGAUACCUGUAGUACGCAGAGCCUCUGUGAUGUCACGUGGACAGGUUCAUUUUCCCGUGAAUGUAACUCUUAAAAUAAAAAUUAUCGUACAACACAA